GAAAGCUCAGUUGUAUGCAUUCAUUAUUUUAAGCAAUUAAUUGCAUGUUUUUAUCCAAAUAUAUUAUCAAGAGAACAUUAAGAGUAACUAAAUGGUAAGUAGAACGAUGUGAUUAGAAAGGAAUGGAAAGGGUGGACAGCAAAAAAUACAGGAAUGAUGUAAAAGGAGGGACUACACAAGGAAAUGAAUGAGAUAAGUGGGGUUUCUAGGAUGGGAGAUGAACUCCUCCUCCACACCUGAGAGCUCAAGGGAGCUGUCCAGACCUUAGUGCUGAAUUUCUAUUUCUCUUCUUGUAGCAUAAGAGAUCCCACCUUAUCCAGUGCUGAGUGCUCAGAGGAGCUGUCCACGUCUCAGUGCUGAAUGUCUUUUUCCUUGCUGGUAGCAUAAGCUAUCCCAUCUCAACGAAUCACUGAAGUGCUUCUUCUCUUCUGAUCACUGCGUUUCCUAUGCUGCUUCUUUGGAAAAUAUAAGGCUCUACCUUCAAUGUGAAGAAAACAUGCCCUUAAGAAAUCUCUAAGAGUGAUAGAUGAUUUCUUCAAAACUGUUGGAUAUCCGUGAGUAAAACCCCUGGUUGAUUCUGGGGAUCUGUUGACUUAAGGUCUAGAUUGACAAAGUCAUAACUCCUAGCUUCUGAAAUAAAACAUUUGAAGGUUUCUGAAAGUUUCUUCGCCCUAAUAUAUUAGGAGAGGCAGUAAGUGUUAGCUCUUGGUGUCCAAGUCCAAAUCUGAGGAAUCAUCCUUCUGAAUCGGUGACAAAGUUUCAAGGUUCAGAGCUGACUUAAUAUUAAUAUCCCUGUAUCCUGACCAUUCACAGCUAUAAGGACUAACUUAAUGGCCCUCCUCAUAGACUCUUUAUAGACCUCUCUUCUGCGUGUGUUUCAUCUCAUUGAUGAUGGAAACUCCCUAGAACUACAAGAACCAGAAAGUGUGGAUCUAGCAGUCACUACUUUGUGAUGCAUCAUUCUUGAGUCUUAUGGCUUGAAGGGCUAAUUUGGAGAGGGACCUUCUCAUCUUCAUGGAUCUUAAGAAUCUAUCCAUGUACAAUGAUGAAUACAAUAAUGGCACUAAUGGCACAGCCAUUGAUGAGAAGACUCACUACAACUAUUAUGCCAUGCUGCUUACGUUGCUCAUAUUUGUCAUUGUCUUUGGCAAUGUCUUGGUGUGUAUUGCAGUGUCUAGGGAAAAGGCUCUACAAACCACCACCAAUUACCUGAUUGUCAGCUUGGCUGUAGCUGAUCUUCUGGUGGCAACAUUGGUGAUGCCCUGGGUGGUUUACCUCGAGGUGGUUGGCGAGUGGAGGUUUAGUCGUAUCCACUGUGAUAUCUUUGUCACCCUUGAUGUUAUGAUGUGUACAGCAAGUAUCCUUAAUCUCUGUGCCAUCAGCAUUGACAGGUAUACAGCAGUGGCAAUGCCGAUGCUCUACAACACACGCUACAGCUCCAAGCGCAGAGUGACUGUCAUGAUCACAGUAGUUUGGGUCUUAUCCUUUGCAAUCUCUUGUCCACUUCUCUUUGGACUAAAUAACACUGCUUCUAAUGAGUGCCUCAUUGAAAACCCUGCAUUUGUCAUCUACUCCUCUAUUGUAUCCUUCUAUGUUCCCUUUAUUGUCACACUCCUCGUGUAUGUCCAAAUUUAUAUAGUUCUAAGAAAAAGGAGGAAAAGGGUGAACACUAAGCGCAACAGUCGAGGUGUGGAUGCAGGGACCCACAAAGACAAAUGUACUCAUCCAGAAGAUGUGAAGCUGUGUGCUAUUUUUGUUAAAUCUAACGGGAGCUUCCCAGCUAAUAAAAAGAAAGUGGAGUCUGAGAACCAUCAAGAAGAAAUGGAGAUGGAGAUGAUGUCAAGUACAUCGCCCCCAGAGAAAACAAAGCACAAGUCAGCCUCCCCGAACCACCAACAGCUGGCUGUGCCGGCAGCAUCAAACCAGUUCAAUACUUCUGUCCCUUCUCCAGCAAAUAGUCCAUGCAAAGCCGAAAAGAAUGGUCAUCCAAAAGACAGUGCCAAGCCAGGAAUGGCUUUUGAAAUACAGUCAAUGCCCAAUGGAAAAACAAGGACCUCUCUUAAAACUCUGAGCAAAAGGAAGCUUUCACAACAAAAGGAGAAAAAAGCAACACAGAUGUUAGCCAUUGUACUUGGAGUCUUCAUUGUCUGUUGGUUUCCUUUCUUCAUAACUCACAUCCUAAAUAUGCAUUGCAAUUUUUGCAAAAUUCCACCAGCCUUGUACAGUGCAUUCACAUGGCUUGGAUAUGUCAACAGUGCAGUCAACCCUAUUAUUUAUACCACAUUUAAUGUGGAAUUCAGAAAGGCCUUUAUAAAAAUCCUUCACUGCUAGAAGACACGUUGGACAUUUUCUCCUAGGAAACAAUUACAGAAGUGGGAACUCAGAGGAAACCUUUCUUCAUACAUUUAUGAGAGUCAAUUCCUCACUCAUGUGCUCCUGUCUUAUAUACAUAAUGUCUAUACUUGGUGAAUGGGAGCCUGGAAAAAGCAAGUUUUCAACAACGGUGAUUAAAAAUGGAUUGUACCUUUAUUGAACUAUGUUUAUCACCAAGGCAGCCUUGGAAGUGGUAAGAUGAGCCUUAAGCGUACUAGACAUUGCCUUCUUAACUGCAGUCAAGAUAAAGAAGACAAGUUGGAUUCAGCAAUGAAGGAUAAUGGAAUCUAAUUAUCAGGACAUAUACAGAUGUUGUUGCAGUCUCACCAAAGACACUCUCAUUCUGUUAAAUCUGAUCUUUGAAAUAGAAGAAAGCUACUAUUUCAUAAGAGUACACUUGGAUUUGGAGAACUGGGGCUGUUCCCUUAACAAAUUUAAGGAAUAUACAUAGAAUUGUAGUUCUAUGGACUGUCUCUUGUGAUGGCCAUCUCCAGCUUUCUGGAUAACAUGGUAAUCAGUGGAACAUGGCGAGCAAUUCUAGCAUAGCCUUGUAGUAACAAACUGUAAAUAAAGAAUGAUUUGAAAGAAGCCCAAGCCAAAAAAAUAACAAUAUAAAUAUAACAUUUGUCUUGCAUGGUGUGUCACAUUUAGAGUAUAUCAUUAUAAAACACCAUGACAAAACAAAAGGAAACAAGGAACUGCACAUGAAUCAGUUGUAUGUGGCCCCUUCGAUGCUUCUGGAGGUCCAGUUUGUUAUACGACAAAAUUCAUUCAAACUCACAUAGUAAUAAAAAAUACAACAACAUGUACAACAUUGUGACUAUAUAAGAUAUCAGUGCAGAUUAUUAUGCCUAUGGCUUUUGCUUGCUGCCAGUAGAACUGGUUAAAAUGUCUUGAUGUGCACCAGCUGACUACUAACUUAAUACAUUGUGAGGCUACAUCACUUCAUCCAGAUAAAUUGACAAUUGCUUUUCUAUUGACUUGUAAAUGAAAUUAAUUUAAUAGGAGAAUCAUAUCAAGCAUGGUGCAUUCACUUGGGAACAAAUUUAAAGAAAAAGUAAACUUUAUAUAAUAUGUUACCUCAUAUACAACUGUUCCCUAAUGUGCUACAGUAUUUCUGAAUGUUCCUCUUUACAAACCAAUGAAAUAUAAAGAGAAUGCAAAAAGCAAAGAAGGGACGAGGCGCAAUGCUGUGACUUAUAGUCCGUUAAAGGGGU